AUGAACGUGCCGGGAAGAUUGGUAGAUGGCAUGAGACAAGAAGAAAAAAAUCAAUUAAGAAAACAAGUUCUUGAAAUGUUUCAACAUGGUUAUUACUCAUAUAUGAAAUAUGCUUAUCCUGCAGAUGAAUUAAUGCCGUUGAGCUGCAAAGGCCGUUAUCGCGGUUCUGAACCGAAUAGGGGCGACAUUGACGACGCCUUAGGAAAUUUUUCAUUAACAUUAGUCGAUAGUUUAGAUACAUUAGCAGUUUUGGGAAUGUUUGAUGAAUUUGAACGCGCAGUGCGAUUAGUUAUUCAAAAUGUUAAUUUUGAUAGUGAUAUUGUUGUAUCUGUAUUUGAAACGAAUAUUAGAAUGAUUGGUGGUUUACUUGGUGCACAUGUUGCAGUUAAAUAUGUUCAUCUUAAAUAUCCAAUACGUUUUCCUUGGUAUAGAGACGAAUUAUUAGUUAUGGCACAUGACCUUGGUAUUCGUUUGCUACCCGCUUUUAACACGACCUCUGGAUUACCACUACCACGUGUUAAUCUUCGUUAUGGUAUUGAUUUAUCAUUGUCAAAAAGUGAACGCGAAAAAUUUACGUGUACAGCAUGUGCGGGUACACUUAUUCUUGAAUGGGCGACGCUCACUCGUUUGACUGGGAAUUACAUUUUUGAAAAAUUUGCUCAUCGUUCACUCGAUUAUCUGUGGGAUCGUCGGCAUCGUCAAUCGAAUCUAAUGGGAACGGUGUUGAAUGUGCAUAAUGGUGAUUGGAUUAUACGAGAAUCGGGUAUCGGAGCGGGAAUUGAUUCGUAUUAUGAAUAUUUGUUCAAAGCAUAUGUAUUGUUAGGAGAGAAGAAUAACGAUUAUCUAUUAAGAUUUCACAAGCAUUAUGAAUCAAUUAUGGCCUACGUUCAGCAGGGAGUCGCAAUGGUCAAUGUUCAUAUGCAUCAACCCUAUCGUUUGGCUAAGAAUCACAUGGAUGCAUUACUAGCAUUUUGGCCUGGUCUACAAGUAAUGACCGGUGAUUUGAAGUCUGCUAUUGAAUUGCAUGAAAUGUUGUAUCAAGUUGUUCAAAAACAUAAUUUUUUACCAGAAGCAUUUACGACUGAUUAUAGAAUACAUUGGAAUAGCCAUCCGCUGAGACCCGAAUUUGUUGAAUCAACAUAUUUCUUAUAUAAAGCCACUCGAGACCCACAUUAUUUAGAAGUUGGGCGUACAAUUGUGAAUAAUUUAGAACGUCAUGCACGUGUCAAGUGCGGUUAUGCUGCUCUAUCCGACAUUCAAACUGGUCAACAUGAAGAUCGAAUGGACUCGUUUGUUCUAGCUGAAACAUUUAAAUAUUUGUAUUUACUUUUCGACAAUGAGCAGUCUCAACACAUUGACAUUGAACAAUUCAUAUUUUCAACUGAAGCGCAUUUGUUACCAAUGAAUUUGGUUAUCACUAUUAAUGAUACAUUACGUAUGGAAUUUGAUCAAUUAGCUUUAACAAAUUCGAUUCGAUAUGAUACUACGAAUCAUUCUCUGUUGCUUGAUAUCGAUCAGAGAGACGGUGAAUUUGAUACAGACUCGUAUUCGACCGAAUUUGAUUAUAGAAAAGUUUGUCCGUCGAUGGAUCAUUUAUUUCGAAAUAAGAAUUCAAACGAUUAUUCAGAGCAAUUGAGAAAAAAUAUUCGUGGUAGUCAAGAUAUGAUGACAACAACAACGGAUUCUACACGAUCAUUAAACGAUCACAAUGGACAAUUGAAAAAUCAAUCGCUUCACCGUUUAUUAGCAUCAGAAUUUUCAGCUGGUAACCCAUUACAUGUAACACAACUUAGACGAAUGGGCGUGCAAAUACAUACAAUGUUAGAUGGAAGAAUUCAAUUGGUGCACACGUCGUCGCAAGCGGCUUCAAGUGAAGAUGCGAAUGAUGGUCUGUUAUUUAUGCAGGAAAUGAUUGAAUUAAUGAAACACAACUCUAUGAAUUCUGACUCCAGUCAAUAUCACCCUCUCAGUGUUGUUCCAUUAUUAGCGCAAGCAACAGUACUUCCAAUAUUCAAGGUGGGCUCAGCACAGUUUGGUCAACAAUUACAUAAAAACUAUGGAAUAUUUAGUCGUGUAUCUGUAACUAGUCCGUUUCAAGCAUGUUCAACUUUGGAUAAUCGUCAACAGCUAAAGAAUAGUAUAGCUCUUGUGAAACGCGGUGAUUGUAUGUUUAUCGACAAGGCAAGAUAUUUGGAACAAACAGGUGUUCUAGGUGGCAUUGUGAUUGAUCAUUCCUCUGCAUCUUCAACAAAAACUGGUGUAUCAGCAAUAUUCUCAAUGACGGGUGAUGGCAGAGACGAUGUGCAUAUUCCACUGGUGCUCAUGUUUAAAGAUGAAGGAUUCCAGCUGUUGAAUCUAUUAUCGAAACAAAAUGAUUUGAUUGUUUAUAUGGGAGAUCAAGAAAAAAUAUUAGGUGGUCCAAAGUCUGUAGACCAAGUAACAUCAGAAUUGUUUGAUCGUUUAAAAACAACGACGAAUUUUGCUCAAUUAACAAAUCUUGAGGAAUAUAUGUCUGUUCUCACAAAAGUUGUUAAAUUAGCUUUAAAUGAUAAAACAGAGUUGGAUUUGAGCGAACAAACAGUUAUAAGUACUCUCAUUAAUGAGUUAAAUGUUAGAAAUAAUGACAAUUCUUCUAAGAGUACGGACGAAGGCGAGAAGAGUACAUCAACAGUACAAUCGCCCACAUCUUCUAGUUUAGACUCAAUGCCAUCGCCACCUUCCACUGAAUCCAUAUCUUCCAUGGAACAUGAGCAACCUGCCGAAGCAUCUGAUCAGAGAGAAUAUACAGAAAAAAGGACGCCAAAGGAAAAUUAA